CAACUGGCAACUGGCAACUGGCGACUGGAGGACUGGAAACUGUGCAACUGUGCAACAGACAUUUGUUGCAACUAGCCCAAUAACAAUUUAUUUAUUUAUAUAUUGUUUUCUUUUUGGAACAGUCAAUAUCCGCCAAACAGUCAGCAUCAAUCAGCAGCAAUCAGCAGCAACCAGGCAGGCCAAACAGUCGCUCAAUCAGUCAGUUACCGGAAUCGGUUUUCACCUAAUUUGGCCAAUCACGCAGUUUUUUUUUCGAUUCGGACGACAUUUGAACGGCCUUAAAAGCAAAAAGUUUUUCCUCGAAAUUCACUUUAAAAAGACAAAAAAAAUCGCAAAAAAAUCGAAAAAAAAAAUAUCGAAUCGAGCGCGGUAUAAAGAAAACCAAUCAAUGCAACAACAAUAAUCAAAUUAAAACAACUGUUAAACGCCACUAAGUCGAUUUAGAAAAGUAAAGGAAAAAUUAGAAAAAGCCAGCAAAAUUUUUGUUCGGUCUAGAAACCAAAAGCGAAAAAUCCCCCCAAAACGACGAACCAACGCAAAAGAAAAGAGAACAGACAAGGACAUGAGUCAAUGCAAAACCUAAGCGCCAAAAUUCAAACAGCGAAACGUCCUUUUGAAGCAUUCCACGACCCAAAUUCGAGCUGCGAAAACUUUAAACGGAACUCAAAUCUCUAUAUCAAAUACAAAUAAUACUAAAUCCAAAAUUCCCAAGUGUUUUUCGUGACUCGAGUUUCGCCAAAGAGUUGCCAGAUCAACGAGAACAAAACAACAACAACUAAACGAACACAAUUGCUAUUAUCCUAUAUAUAUUCAUAUAUUCACAAAUAUAUAUAUAUAUACAAAUAUCGUGCUCUAAAGAAGAUCCCUGCAUAACGUAGCCCCAAAUCCCGAUCCCAGAAAGCAAGCCACAAGGAAAAACUAAACACGACAACAAACAAACAAAAGCGACUCAAAUUCAACCAUAACAAGCAGCAGAAGCAGUAGGUACAGUUUUUUUUUUAAAGAUGGCUUCCGAACUGGAUCAAUUCGCCGAUUUGGAAUUAUCAAAAGAGGAUCGCGAGCAAAUCUUCGAUCCGCCAUUGGAUCGGCAGCAAUUGGAAGGUGCUGGCACCUCAAGUGUUACGACAUCAAAAAUCUUAAUAAGCGGCAUACCGCUGCAAACACGUUUCGAAGACAUCGAACCGCUACUGAAGCCCUAUGGCAUCGUCAAACAGUGUGAGGCUAUUUCUAGUAAGGAUCAAAAUACUCAAACAGUACAUAUAACAUUCGAAAAUCCUGAGCAGGCGCAAAGAGCUGCUGGUGGCCUAAACGGCGUCGAAUUCGAGGGCAGUAAACUGCACGCAGAGCAAUUGGAUAAAAAUCAACGCCGGAGCAUACGCAAUCAGCGCAAUCCGUAUCCGGGAAUGCCGGGACCCGGCCGCCAGGCGGACUUUCCGCUUCGCAUACUGGUGCAGAGCGAGAUGGUGGGCGCUAUCAUAGGUAGACAGGGCACCACCAUACGCACCAUCACACAACAGAGUAGGGCCCGUGUCGAUGUGCAUCGCAAGGAGAAUGUUGGCUCCCUCGAAAAGUCCAUUACGAUCUAUGGCAAUCCGGAAAACUGUACCAAUGCAUGCAAGCGUAUAUUGGAGGUUAUGCAACAGGAGGCACUGUCCACGAAUAAGGGUGAGAUCUGUUUGAAGAUACUCGCCCAUAAUAAUUUAAUUGGUCGCAUUAUUGGGAAGAGCGGUAACACUAUUAAACGCAUUAUGCAGGAUACGGAUACGAAGAUAACCGUUAGCUCUAUUAACGACAUCAACAGCUUCAAUUUGGAGCGAAUCAUAACGGUGAAGGGAUUAAUCGAGAACAUGUCACGUGCGGAAAACCAAAUCAGCACCAAACUGCGCCAAAGCUAUGAGAACGACUUGCAGGCAAUGGCGCCUCAGAGCCUUAUGUUCCCUGGUCUGCAUCCCAUGGCAAUGAUGUCGACACCGGGCAACGGCAUGGUCUUCAACACGAGCAUGCCGUUCCCCUCGUGUCAAAGCUUUGCCAUGUCCAAGACACCGGCCAGCGUGGUGCCCCCGGCCUUCCCCAACGAUAUGCAGGAGACAACGUUUCUCUAUAUACCAAACAAUGCUGUUGGGGCAAUUAUUGGUACUAAAGGCUCGCACAUACGCAGCAUAAUGCGCUUCUCAAGCGCAUCCCUCAAAAUUGCGCCCCUCGACGCCGACAAGCCGCUGGACCAACAAACGGAGCGCAAGGUCACGAUUGUUGGCACACCGGAGGGUCAGUGGAAGGCGCAGUACAUGAUAUUUGAAAAGAUGCGCGAGGAGGGUUUCAUGUGCGGCACCGAUGAUGUUCGCCUAACCGUUGAGCUACUUGUCGCCAGCUCCCAGGUCGGACGCAUCAUUGGCAAAGGCGGACAGAACGUGCGUGAGUUGCAACGUGUGACGGGUAGCGUCAUUAAGCUGCCAGAGCAUGCGCUGGCGCCACCCUCAGGCGGCGAUGAAGAGACACCUGUGCACAUCAUUGGACCAUUCUAUAGCGUUCAGUCUGCACAGCGACGAAUUCGUGCCAUGAUGCUAUCGACAAAUCCGCCACCAGUGACCAAAAAACAGAAAGCUGCCAAAGAACAACAAUUGCAACAACAACAACAGCAACAACAACAGACAUUAGCCGGCGCUGCGCCAAGUGGGACUCAACAGCAGCAGCAACAGUCGCCGUCGCAGCAGCAGCAGCCGCUGCCGCCGCAAUCGCAUCAUCAAUCGUCGGCGGCGUCGUCGGCGCCACCUGCGCAUCAUCAGCAGCAGGCGUCGUCGACAGCGUCCUCACAUCAAUUGCAGCAGCAGCAGCCGUCGCCGCCGCCCGGCAACAAUGCAUCGGCCGCCACCCAACAACAGCAGCAGCAGCAGCAACAGCAGCUGGCGAGCUCACAGCAGUAAACUGCAGCAGCCGUGUGUGGGACUGGGGCAGGGGCAGGGGGGCAACCGAAAUACAACAGCAAAAAAACUUGAACAACAACAUCAACAACACCAACAUCAAGAAUUUACUAUAAAGGCAAUAGCAACAAGACAACCUACAUUCGGAUUUGCACAGGCGGUUUUCUUCUAACUUCAAACAGGCAACAAGAAGUGCAACAUCAGGAGCAACAAUAAUAAUAACAACUCUCGUCCCUCUGCAGCUCAACAAGAGUAAGAGAAUUGAUAAGCAGGCAAAAGAGAACAUCAGCAACAACAAUAGCAUUGAAAAAAAA